AUGUGGGCGGUGUUUGGCUACGAUAACGCGUGUCGCUGGAUUGUUCUGGCGUCGAGGUCGGACGAGAAGCCAAGGGAGCAUCAAUUGCGCUGCAGGUUGCAGGAAAGGAUGCGCAACAUGGCCGGCGAAGGCAGUGCCGUUGCGUUUUCUUUGUACGUAAUUAGAGGCAUUUACUUGACCCAAUGUGGUGACUGUCGACUCGGCAGGGUCAACUACCCUGCGAUUCACCACACCUGGAUUUGA